CUCUCUCAAUGUUCUUCCUAGACUCACAGGAGCAAUACUCCUCCGAUCAUCUCCUCCAUGAAUCUAUGGCGGAUCCUAACCAUCAAUCUCCGUCGCCGCCCUGCGCCAACGGCCACCGAUCCACAAUUUCUCUGCGCACAGACCAAGGCGGAUCGUUCUGUUUCCUUUGCUUCUCCAAUCUCGUCUCCGACCAACGCGUUCCCACCGUACACAUCUCCUACGCGCUCCACCAGCUCUCAAUCGCUCUCUCUGAACCUAUCUUCCUCCGAACCCUACUCACCUCUCAUAUCCACUUUCUCGUAUCGCCUCUCGUCCACGCUCUCUCUUCGAUUGAUGAUGCUCCAAUCGCUAUCCAGAUCAUGGAUACCAUCUCGGUUCUCUGUUCCGCUGUGGAAUCUUCAAUCGGUGAGGAUUUUGUGGAGAGAAUCUCCGAUCAGCUCUCUUCUGGUGCUUUGGGUUGGAGCCGAAGACAGCUUCAUAUGCUUCACUGCUUUGGUGUUCUGAUGAGCUGUGAGAACAUAGACGUAAAUUCCCAUAUCAGAGAUAAAGAAGCUCUUGUAUGCCAACUUGUUGAAGGUCUUCAAUUACCGAGUGAGGAGAUCCGUGGUGAAAUCCUUUUUGCUCUGUACAAGUUUUCUGCUCUACAAUUCACAGAACAAAAUGUUGAUGGAAUUGAGAUUCUUUCUUCAUUGUGUCCUAAGCUCUUAUGCCUAUCUUUGGAAGCUCUUGCAAAGACACAGAGAGAUGAUGUUCGCUUGAAUUGUGUAGCCCUUUUGACCAUCUUGGCCCAGCAAGGUCUUUUAGCAAAUUCACGUACAAAUAAUUUCAGCAGCAUGAGCUUGGAUGGAAUGGAUGAUGACCCUAUGCAGACAACUGAGACUGUAGUCGCCAGGCCUUGUUUAAAUGUAUUAUUUGCCGAGGCCAUCAAAGGUCCACUGCUUUCCACUGAUAGCGAGGUGCAAAUAAGAACCCUUGAUCUUAUCUUCCAUUAUUUAUCCCAAGAGAGUACACCAAGCAGACAGAUUCAAGUUCUCGUAGAGGAAAAUGUUGCAGAUUAUAUAUUUGAGAUACUGCGCUUAUCAGAAUGGAAAGAUCAGGUCAUCAACUCAUGCCUCAGAGUCCUUGAUCUAUUUUCCCUAGCUGAGCAUUCUUUUCGGAAGAGACUUGUUAUUGGAUUUCCUUCAGUCAUCCAAGUGCUUCACUAUGUAGGCGAAGUUCCUUGCCAUCCUUUUCAAAUUCAGACACUGAAGCUUAUUUCAAGCUGUAUUUCUGAUUUCCCUGGGAUUGCUUCUAGUUCUCAAGUUCAGGAAAUUGCUCUGGUUCUAAAAAGAAUGCUUGAAAGAUAUUAUUCGCAGGAGAUAGGAUUAUUUACAGAUGCAUUUGCGAUUAUCUGCUCAGUUUUUGUUUCCCUAUUGAAAACUCCAUCUUUUGCUGAGACUCCAGAUGUGUUAACAUCAUUGCAAGAAUCCUUGAGACAUGCCAUUUUGGCCUCUCUUAGUCUCCCUGAGAAAGAUUCAACCCAGAUAUUGCAUGCAGUGUACUUACUCAAUGAAGUAUAUGCAUAUUGUACUGCACCAACAUCCAUGAACAAGACCAGCUGUAUUGAGUUAAGACACUCUGUUAUAGACGUGUGUGCAUCACAUCUAUUGCCAUGGUUUCUCGCUGAUGUCAACGAGGUCAGUGAGGAAGCAACUCUUGGCAUAAUGGAAACUUUCCAUUCUAUUCUGCUACAAAAUUCAGAUAUUCAGGCCAAGGAGUUUGCAGAAAUGCUUGUUUCAGCAGAUUGGUUCAGUUUUUCAUUUGGAUGCUUAGGAAACUUUUCUACGGCUAAGAUAAAACAGAGGGUAUAUUUGAUGCUCAGUUCCCUUGUUGAUGUUCUUCUUGAACAGAAAGCAGGGUCACAUAUCAGAGAUGCUAUUCCUUGUCUUCCUACUGAUCCACAAGAUUUGCUGUUUUUGCUCGGGCAAGAUAGUUCCAAUAAUCAAGAAUUGGCUUCUUGCCAGUCCGCAGCUCUGCUGAUUUUCCAUACCAGUUGGAUAUACAACGACAGGCUUGCAGAUGAUAAGCUGGUUUUAGCUUCUUUGGAGCAAUACAUCCUUUUAAACAAGACAAGUUUAAUAUGUGCCAUCUCUGAUUCUCCAGCUAUGCUCCACCACCUAGUGAAUCUGUAUGGUCUUUGCAGAAGUCUUCAAAACGAGAGAUACCAGAUAUCCUACAGUCUAGAAGCUGAGAGAAUACUCUUCCAUCUACUAAACGAAUAUGAUUGGGACUUGAGUUUCAGUAAUAUUCAUGUACAAUCUAUGAAGUGGCUUUUUCAACAAGAAAGUAUCAGCAAAAGUUUAACUUACCAAAUCCAAAAGAUCUCUCAGAGCAAUUUAAUUGGAAAUGAAGUUCACAAUGUACAUGGAGAUGGCAGACAGAGAUCACUCACAUAUUGGUUUGCAAAGUUGAUAUCAGAAGGAGAAAACUAUGCUGCAACUCUUUUGGUUAACUUGUUGACACAGCUCGCAGAGAAGGGAGAGCAGGAGACUAAUGUUAUCUCAAUUUUAAAUCUGAUGAUCAAGAUUGUUUCUAUAUUCCCAACUGUCUCCGACAAUUUAAUCAUCAAUGGCAUUGGCAGUGCAAUCCAUAGACUUGUUUGUGGCUUUACUAACUCAUCCUUGGGUUCAUCUUUCACAACACUCCUUCUCCUAAUAUUCAAUAUUUUAGCUUCUGUGCAACCUGGAGUGCUUAUAAAGGAUGAAUCAUUGGAUGCUGUGAUUAUAAAGUUGUUAAACUAUUUGAGGUUGCGAGACACUGCCAUAACACAGAACCAUGAAGGUAUGAUGGUGAUUGGCAUUCUUUCGUUGGUUUUGUACCACUCAUCAGAUGGAGCACUUGUUGAAGCUUCAAGAAGUAUUGUGUUGAAUUCGUAUUUGGUAUCCGCAAUCAACACUGUGGUUGCUGUAGCUUGCUCAAAGGGUCCAGCAUUGACUCAGUAUCAGGAUGAAACGGACAUCGGGAAGGCUUUAGCAUUCACGUUACCACUCUAUUUUUUCUCAUUAAGAAGCUUGCAGAUUGUACUAGCUGGAGCAGUGGACUGGCAAACUUUUUUUGGCCCAUCAAGCAACCUGGAUACACUACCCGUAGUAUGCAUCCAUUGCCAUAAUUUUUGCAGGUUGAUGCAUUUUGGAACACCGCAAAUCAAGCUCAUCGCCUCUUGUUGUCUUUUGGAAUUGUUCACUGGAUUAUCACAGCAGAUUGACAUAAAAAACGAGCAACUACGGUGUUCUUCAGGUUACUUGAAAUCAGUGAAGGCUGUUUUAGGUGGUCUUGUAUUCUGUGAUGACAUAAGAGUAGCGACAAACUCUGCGCUUUGUCUGUCCAUGAUUUUAGGAUGGGAAGACAUGGAAGGAAGAACGGAGAUGCUUAAGACCAGCUCAUGGUACAGGUUUAUUGCGGAAGAAAUGUCAGUUUCCUUAGCCAUGCCUUGUUCAGCAUCAAAUACCUUUGUGAACCACCACAAGCCGGCAGUCUAUGUAACCGUUGCCAUGCUAAGACUCAAGAACAAGCCAGCGUGGUUGAGAACUGUUUUUGAUGAGUCUUGCAUCUCUAGCAUGAUUCAAAAUCUGAAUGGGAUGAAUAUCAGCAGAGAGAUUGUAAUAUUGUUUCGAGAACUUAUGCAGGCUGAGCUAUUAAAUUCCGAGCAAGUGACCAAAUUGAAUCGUUCCUUCCAGGAACUUAGAAAACAAAUGCACAGGAAUGGAACUCAAGAUGAGACCGUUGAAGAACAAGAGCAACAAACAAUUUCCUCAAUACAUGAUAAUGGUGAAGUCCGCAACUAUCUUGUUCAGUUGAUGGUAUCCAACUCAUUUGGACGCACAAGUGGAAGUGAAACAUACACCGAGAAGAAGAAACAGGUUAUCGAAGAAAUGGAAAACUUCUCCAAGCUAUAAUCAACAAGGGGGAAUGGUGUAAAUGUAACUAACACAACACC